AGCUGUAUAUGCACGCAGCCGUGAACAAAGGGGCAACACAACAGUUUAAGGAUUUAUUACUUAACAUGACAUCCUAUGAAGAAAGACAGAAGAGAACAUUGAAAGUGGCAUUAAAAGAUUCCUUUUUUAUUUUCUUUUCUAGUUUACAAUAUUGGUGAGUGAGUGUAACUUAAAUUUUCAAUAUUUUUUCUUUUUUUUUUUUUUUUUGAAAAGAAAAAAAUAGAUCAUAAGAAAACAAAAGCUGUUUCCUUUCUCUUUCUUCCUGAAAAAAAAGAAAAUAUAAUGACAAAAUUUGCAUAGUGUUCUUGUCUCAUUAUUAAUAUUAAGGGGGGUCCCUAAUCCUUAUCUAUAUUAUAUUUUCUUCAGUUUCUAGCAAUUGGGGUGUUUUAAUAUUAUGUUUCUUCAGUUACUAAGUGAGGUCUGAGAAAAAAAAAAUGGAGGCUAAAAUUGGUGGCAAGGGGAGUUUGGAAUGGGAUUUAAAUGAUUGGAGAUGGGAUGGUGAUCUUUUCAAUGCCACCCCAUCAUUGAACUCAGUCCCUUCCUCAGCUCAAUUGUCCAAAAAUAAAAGGGCUCUACUUGUUCAUGAAGAAGAAUCAAAUGUUUCACUCAAGUUAAAGCUUAGCAUAUCAGAGGAGUCAGAGGUGAAGAAGCUGAAGACAGUGGAGACUAGUAGUAGUAAAAGUGUCAUGUGUAAAGUGGAAGAUUGUUCAGUUGAUCUCACCACAGCCAAGGAUUAUAACAGAAGGCAUAAAGUCUGUGAUAUGCAUUCCAAAGCAACUAAAGCACUUGUUUCGAAUACUAUGCAGCGGUUUUGUCAACAAUGCAGCAGGUUUCAUCUUCUUCAAGAGUUUGAUCAAGGGAAGAGGAGUUGUCGUCGGCGUUUGGCUGGCCAUAAUAACAGGAGGAGGAGGAGGAAGACACAUCCUGAUUCCACACUUCAUGAUGAAAAGAACACUAAUUAUCUGUUGUUAAGUUUGUUAAGGAUACUCUCCAAUAUGCAUUCAAACAGCUCUGAUCAAACAAGGGAUCAAGAUGUUUUGUCUUGUCUGUUGAAGAAUUUGGCCAACAUUUCGAGUUCAGUCGAUGGAAGGAGGUACAUGUCGACGGUGCUGCAAAAUUCCCAAGGCUUAAUUAAUGCAGGCACUUCUGUUGUGGCCUCACAAAAGCCAAUGAGAAUUAUUUCAGAUACCCUUUUUGGUUCAGCCUCUAAGGUUAAUGAUGAGCCCAUCAUUCUUGGAACUCCUUUGAAGUCUGUAUCAGAUAUGACACUCAAGAAAGUAUGUGGAGUAGAUUCAAAUGAUGGCAAUAUGCAAACAUUUUCAGCCAAAUCUAUCAAACUUAACAAUAUUGACUUGAAUAUUGUGUAUGAUGAUUCACAUCUGCCACUAACUUCAGAUACUGUUUCUCUUAAUAAUCCUCUAUCAUCCUACCCGAGACAGAACUCGAAUUCUAGUUCUAGUGGAGAGGCUCAGGUUCUUAACUUUCAUGAAGAUUUGUUGUUCAAUGUUCCUUUGAGUUCAUUUUUGUUAUCAUCAGAAGUUUCUUCCUUUUAUUUCCAGAGUCGAACUAAUCGAAUUGUUUUCAAACUCUUUGGGAAAGAGCCUGAAGAUCUUCCUUUCCUUUUGAGGGCACAGAUCCUCAACUGGUUAUCUCAUCUUCCUACUGAUAUCGAAAGUUACAUAAGACCAGGCUGUGUCAUCCUUACAAUAUAUCUCCAUCUAGAGCAAAUGACUUGGGAGGAGUUACAAUGUGAUCUUGGAUCUUGUUUGAAGAGGCUACUAGCUGCAUCCAAUGAUCCUUUCUGGAGAACUGGUUGGGUGUAUUCAAGGGUGCAAAAUCAUGUAGCUUUUAUGCACAAUGGUCAAAUUGUCUUAGACACUUUCUUACCUCAGAAAAGCUAUAAAAAUUGUAGAAUUUCAAGCAUCAAACCGGUUGCAGUUGCAUUGUCCGAAAGAGCUCAAUUCGAAGUGAAAGGCUUCAACUUAUUUCACCCCAGCAUGAGGUUAAUGUGUGCAUUAGAUGGGAAGUAUCUGGUUCAAGAAUUUUGUAAUGAGUUGGUGGACAACACAACUAGCACAACCGCAGAGCAUGAUGAGAUCCAACGCCUUAAAUUCUCCUGUUCUAUACCAACGGUUACAGGGCGAGGAUUCAUAGAGGUUGAAGAUUAUGGCUUCAGCAGCAGUUUUUUUCCAUUCAUAGUUGCAGAGAAAGAGGUAUGUACCGAAAUAUGUAUGCUGCAGGGUGCAAUAGAGGUGGAGGAGACUGCUGGUGAUGCUGUUAAAGCCAAGAAUCAGGCUCUUGACUUUGUACAUGAAAUGGGGUGGCUUCUUCAUAGAAGUCAUGCCAAACUUAGAUUAGGUCCUAUGGAUCCCAACUCGGAUUUAUUCCCUUUCAGACGGUUCAAGAAGCUCAUGGAGUUUUCCAUGGACCAUGACUGGUGUUGUGUUGUUAAGAAACUCUUGUGCAUUUUGUUUGAAGGUAUAGUUGAUGCUGGAGAACAUCCUUCCAUUGAGGUUGCAAUACUAGAUAUGAGCCUUCUCCAUAGAGCUGUGCAGAGAAAUAGCCAGCCUAUGGUUGAUAACUUGUUAAAAUUUGUAAUCCCACAGAAAAUUAUGGACAAGUCACAGGUGUUGUUAUUCAAAGCUGAUCAUGUUGGUGCUAUGGGGUUAACUCCUCUACAUGUUGCAGCAAAUCAAGGUGGUUGUGAUGGUGUGUUAGAUGCCUUGACAGAUGAUCCAGGAAAGGUGGGAAUUGAAGUGUGGAAAAAUGCAAGAGAUGAAAAAGGUUUGACACCAAAUGAUUAUGCAUGUUUAAGAGGCCACUACUCCUAUAUUCAACUUGUCAAGAGAAAAAUGAGCAAUAUACCAUCAUCAUCAUCAACAACAACAACAACAUCAGCAUCAUCAGAAAGCGAGCAUGUGGCGGUUGACAUCUUAGACGACGACAACAGCAACAACAACAACACAAACAAGCAACAGAAGCAGAGAUGGAAAGGCGGGAACAUGGAGAUCGAAAAGUACAAAAUGAAGGAAUAUUGCAGAAGAUGGCAUUGGCAUAAACAAAGGCAAAUGCAACAUAAGAGGAGAAAUUCUUUAGUGUACAAACCAGCAAUGAUGUGUUUGGUGGGCAUUGCUGCUGUGUGUGUUUGUGUUGCUUUGCUGUUUAAGAGCUCACCAGAAGUACUAUAUGUGUUCAAGCCAUUCAGGUGGGAAAGGUUGAAGUAUGGAUCAAGCUGAUCUGAUCUGAUCUGAUCUGAUCUGAGUCAUUGAAUUGGAAUAUGAGAUGAAAAUGAAAUGCCUUGUUUUGUUUCUUACUAUGAAAGAAACUGUACACAUAACAAUUAUAGUGUUGUUGGUAUCAAUAAAAAUUGGUAUUGUAUUGUAUUGUAGUAAAAAAGAAAAAGGAAUCAUUAAAUAGUGCAUUAGUUUUGUUUUUGUCUUUAAUUUUACUUCAAAAUAGUAAAUUAAAUUAUCAAAAUAAAUAAAAGCUUAAAUUUGAGAGGU